GGUUUUAGCUGCGGCGUGUUGUAGAGGUAGCGUGCUCUGUGCAGUUCGUUUUGCAGAUUGUACCGUGUGAAGUGUCCGUGACCGAGCCAACUUUAGAAAUGUCUGGGGCCAAGGACAGGAUGCGCCACAAGAAAAUGAAAAACCAGCCAAGCAACGUGACAUUCUCCGACAGAGGCUCAGGAGGUCGCAGUUACAACAGACUGGAGCACAUGAGGGGACCGUCACAGCACAGCAGACCACAACAAGGUGGCCAUAGCAGCUGGAUGAUUGGGCGUCAGGAUGGGGGAAUCAUUGCCGACCAGGCCCUGCCCAAGUACAUUACUGCGUCUCUUUUUGCCAAAGCAAGAGCUGCAGAAGUCAACGCCAUGCUGAGGGCUGUUACCAAGACGACAGGCAGUUGUCAUGUGUUUGGCGCUCUCCCGAAGCAUAUGCGGCGACGAUCCAUGAGCCAUAACACCAAGAGGCUGCCCUGCAGAUUGAGAGAGGCAGCACACAGGAUGUUGGCGAGGAGUCAGCAGGCAGGCCAGAAGGAAAAGAAAGAGCAAUCAAAAACCAAAAGUCGCCGUGCCCGCCGACGUCAUGGCAAUUUGCUGCUGGAGUUUAACCGACGACAGAAGAAGAACAAGUGGUUGGAAACUCACAUCUGGCAUGCCAAGCGUUUCCACAUGAUAAAGAGAUGGGGCUACUGCCUUGGAGACAGACCCACAUACAAGUGCUACAGAGCGAGCUACAGGGCUAUGAGCACUGGCUGUCUGCUGCAGGACUUGUCAUACUACUGCUGCAUCGAGCUCCAGGGUCCAGAGGAGCAGCUACUGAGUGCACUCACCAAGCUCACAAGCAAAGACACAGGCCCAACGUUUGCAGCAGUGCAAUGUGUAUCAGGGCAGAGAGAGGGGAGUAUCUUGCUCUACAGGCCUGACCAGUACCCUCAUCAGCCCCUGGGCCCUGUGCACUUUCUAUGGAGACCGCAUAGUGCUAAAUCAACUUACAGACAGCUGUGGAUCUGGGCACAUCCCACAUUAAAGCAGGACCUUCUACCAGAGUUGCAGUCAGUGUGCCAGUGUUUUGAGGCAAUGGCUCCUGCUACAGAGGCAAACACCUCUAAACCCCAGGCAGAACUAGGCCCUGCUGACCACCUGACUGCACCUACCCUUUCAGACCCUAGCUCUAAGCCACAAAAUUCCAGGAAGAGGAAGCAAGAAGGUGGUGGUUAUGAUAACUAUCCUGCCAAAAAGAUCCUGGGUGAUGGUACUCGCUCUCUCAUGACUCCUGUUAGCUGGAAGUCCUCCAAGACUGACAUUGUGAUUAUUGAUCUCUCUAUGGACGUUGUACGCUACCGUCUGAUUGGUCCACUCUCUCACACUGUGCUCACUGAGACACUUCUGCCGGCUACUAAAUGUGAGGUGGAUACAAAAGUGACAUCUCCUUUCUGGUGGCCAGAGCAGUGUAAGAACAAGGAGAGUAUGUCUUUACACGAGCAGCAAGCCGAUGUCUUCCAGUUAUUGAAAGGUCUGCACUCCACGUCAGAGCUGCCAGCAGGGUGUGUCUUGGGGCUUACAGUGGAUGACCCAAGACUGACUCUGCCUAAAAAAAAGGGGAAAGCUGCUUCUGACCUGCAGGGGCCACAAGGUGUUGAGGAGGAGAGAAGGAGAGAACUGGCCCUGAGAGGAAUUCCUGCCCCCUGUGCUAAUAGUGCUCUGUGGGUCCACUCUGUCAGAGACAAUGUGACAAACAACAAGGUUUCGGAGCAGGAUCUGAACAGAAUGAAGAGGGAGUUGUUGGUUCCAGGCUCCAUGUUGCCGACCCCUCCAGAGGGCCGAGUGCCCAUCCUACUGGUUCACCAGGCAGGGAAACAGCACGGGGAGGAACGGCAGGACUGGGGCUGUGGAUGGGAUCUCCUACUACCCAAGGGUUGGGGCAUGGCCUUCUGGGUACCUCUGGUGUACCGUGGUGUGCGCGUUGGGGGUCUCCAAAUGAGCUUGAAACACUCCCAGAAUAAAGGUAUGCCCCACUUCCCCCAUGAUUUCCCAGAUUGCCCCGCAGGCAAUUGCUUCCAGGAGCAGCAGGAGAUUGAGUUGCUGGAAAAGUUUAAGAGGCGUCCUCCCUCCAAACGCACAAAUUACAUCAAACAUGGCUGCCUGGCGCCUUUCCGGUGCCCAUGGCAACAGCUGGCAGAAGAAUGGGAGGAUAUAGUAAAACACAAUGGAGAAAACAGCAAGCCCCAGCCAGCCAAAAUUGAGGGAGCAAUAUCACCUGUAGGAGAUAACAACACAUCCCAAAAAUCUGCUUUCGCUGUGUUGAGGAGCCGUAAGGUACUGAGGCAGAUGUCAUUCUGGUGUCGGCCAUCUUCUGCCCACACUCGGAGAGUGACGCGCAGUUUCCCCACCAUGCUAAAUCAUGCAAUUGCCAUGCAACUGCAGGAACAGUGGAGGCGGUUUCUGGUGUGGGUGCGUAUAUGUGUGCUUGGCAAAGGGCUGCCCACUCUGCAUGCCAUGCUGUGUGUUCCCACUGCAGAAGACCUGCAGCAGCUGCGUGGAGACCCCCAGUGCAGUGGCCCCAAAGAACCCAGACACAAAGACCACAUCCAUCACCUUCUGAAGAAAAGCAAGAGGUGCAAAGCUACUUUAGACUGCUCCUCUGCUGCUAUAAAAGAGGACUCAAGCCCCACUCCUAAGAAAGAACAAGACCCUGGCAUCAACUCUAAAGAAGAACAGCAGUCUUGCCCCACCCCUCCACUUAAAGACACUCAUCUUAUCACCAGCACUACAGUCAAUAAAGAUCCUGCUUUCAUCCUUACUGGUGAAUCAAGUACUGUGAUGGGGAGUGGUGACUUAUCUGGGGUUCUUGAGCGAGGAUUGUGGCCAGAGCCACUGCCCAGUGUAUCAUCCCACUGUUCACGGGUGACCCUGGGGUGGGUGACACAGGGAGAUUUUUCAAUGGCGACAGGUCGUGGGGAGGCUCUGGGUUUUGUGAGCCUAGUGGGGCUCCUGCACAUGCUCCUCAGCCAGCCGGCUGAUAAGCGUGGCACUGUCCUACUACGCAAUCCCUCUUCCCUCCAAUACCGGUUUGCGCAGCUUCAUGUAGAAGCCUGAAGCACUGGAAGGUCACUGCAUUGCACAUCUUUGCCAAGGAUGUAAACUAUUGUACUGCAAAAAAAAAAAGUCCAAAAUAUCUUUGGAACAUAAACACAGCUACACCAUACUCCAGAGCACAUCAGCUGUGCAUGGCAUUCAUGACCUUUAAACUAGGAUUUCCUCAUUGUAUGUUCCUGUGGUAUUAAUGCCUAUUUAUUUAAAGCUAUAAUGGAUGAGUGCUAGUCACAUGUUUAAACAUAUAUUUUUGCUUAAGAUUUUUCUGUUAAACCUAUGUGCAGGUGAUCAUAUUUCACGAACAUAUCUUUUGGAAACGUACUCUUUCUAAAGAGAGUUCCAUUAUUUUGAAAAUAGUUUAAUUGUUCUCUGUUGUGCCUGUUUUUUUUAUUACAAUAAAAUAGUUUUGAGGUUA